AUGGAUUCUUUCCUGCAUCGCACUCAUGACCAGGUGAGUAUGUGGGCUAUGGAUGUGCCGGCACUGCUGGUAGCUGUCCAGUCGGGGCCCUCUGUGUGGCUGUCCUUGGCGCUCAUCAUACUUGCUGGCAUGAUGCAUCUUCGCCGCCGCGUCCCUUCGGCGCCAACUGAUGUGGCUGGGCCCGUGAACGCUGCUCCCACGGUACUGCAGUCUCCUCUGGCAGAGCAGAUGCAUGCGGUGCUACCGGCCUUGCUGCAUCAGGAGCUGCCGCCUAUUCUCCAGCAGGUGCUUCCGUCACUACUACAGACGGCCAUGCAAGCGCUCCCGCAUCCUGCGCAAGGAGCUCCAGACAGCACCACCACGGACUCCAUCAACCUGGCCAUCUCCACGGUGAGGUCAGUUAUGGAUGAAGCUCUGGAGGCAAAGGGUGGCAUGCUGCCGUCGACAGUGAUGGGCGAUGUUACAAAGUCGGUUGAUUCACUCCUUGUUGGAGUGGAAAAACUGUUGGCAUCCCGCUACACGGACUUCGAAGAGAUUCUGCAGAAGCAAGCAAACGGCUUGUUGCGGCAGGUCCAAGACAAACACAAGGACACUCAGGCAGCGCUGGACGCCAACAAGCAACUUCUGCAGAACCUGGCACAAUCAGCGGUGCAAGCCAACAAGACGGAGCAGGCGCGCUUCCAGACUUUGGAUACCAACCUGAAGACAGCGGUGGAUGUGCUUGAGACAAAUGUUAAAGCACGGCUGGACCUCCUGAACAGCGACUUAGCGACUAAGUUCGGCAACUGGGACACCAGUCAGGCUCGCCUCGAGGUGCUGGUCGCCAAGCUGGAGGGGAUUAUCACCAAAAUGGAUGGCAUCCCUGCGAAGAUCGGCACCUACACGGACCGCGUGGAGCAUGCAGUCAGGGAGCGUAUCGCUGGUGUCCAACAGGACGUCAACAAGGUGCAAGGCGAAGUGGGCCAGAUGGGUCGUGACCAGAUGGGGCUAACAAGGCGACUUAACGCAAGUCUGGACUCGCUCCAGGCGACGGUGGCGAACAUGGGGGCGGCUGUUGGUGCAACCCCUACAGACAGCAACGGCACCCGUGAGCUCUUGGACCUGACCAAGGAGCUUGCAGCCCAAACGGGCGCCACCUCGGAGGCUGUCGCCGAGCUGUCAGAGCUGGUGAAAGAGCUGCACGACAAGCCGACGACGACCCAACCACAGCAGCCGAGGAGUGCGGGACCAUCGUCGUCCGUCGAUAUGGGACCGCAACCUAUGCCCACGACUCCGGGAGCUAUGCCGGCAGUGAUCGACUUGUCGAGCAGGAUUCCCCAAAGGGGAAGCACACAGAGCCCUGUAUGGGCAACGGUCGUAUUGUCGAACGGCCGACGUCUGUUGGUGCCAGAGGACGACGUUCUCGGUGCCCAGCAACAGCAGGGUCCAACGUUCAUGCACAUGCGCUGA